AUUUGAUUUUAAUUUGAAAUGUAAUUUUUAGUAUGCUUGUCUGGAUUUAUUUGCAAUCUAAUUAAGUGUAAUGGAAGUGAACUUGUGGGAAUGUUUAAUAUUAUUUCAAUGGUAAUCCGAUUCAGCGUUUAGUAAGUAUGAAUUUUAUAAUUUGUUUAAAAAAAGCAGUCUGCCAUUCCUAAUGAGCAUGGAGGGAACUCAUCAAACCGUGUAGUUAUGGAAUUGGCCACUACACAGUGCGGGCGCUAAUAUCGCGGAUAGUCUACAACCCAAAGCAAUUGUGGUCUUUGUAGUCUAGAACCCCUCAGUUCAGUAGCUCUUUAAGUCAAUUUUUUGUUUAUUGCUAUUUCUAUUAACAUAUAUAAGUUCUCCCCCCGCUUUAUCGAGCACGAAGCCCGCGCCAUCUUCAUUUUGAACAAAGACAAGCCGUGUGUCUCUUGCAGUGCGUUAGUUGAAGUGAUUCUCGACAUUUUAGCUUGACGAUGAGUUCGAAGGAAAAUAACUCUGAAGUAGCGGUGGAGAAGGCCACAGAAAAUAACGACAAGGCCUCAGACGCGAAAGCAGAUGUCAAAGGAACCAAAAGGCCAGCGGAGGACAAAGGUGAUGAUGUGAAGAAGGCCAAAAAGGAGGAAGAAAAUGGUAGUGUUGAGAUUUUAGAGGAGGAGAUCUUAGAUGAAGAAGAAGAGGAAGAUGAUGAGGAUGAGGGUGAAGACCAACUUAGUGAAGGUGACGAAUUAGGAGAUGAAUUAGGGGACGAUGGGGAAGAAGAAGAGGAUGAAGACGUAGCCGCAGACGAAGAAUCCGAUGCGUAAUGUCCAAAGUGGUGACGCACUGUGAGCGACUAGGCAGGGAUAAAUUUACCGGAAAUUCCUGCUUAGCCCCCCACCUUCUGUGCUACCAUGUUCAACAUAAAAACAUAUGUUUUUUAAUUUAAACAAAUAUAUGAACACUUUGUUUAUUUCUCAAAGAUGAAUGGAGGAGAUAAAAACACAAGCCCCUGCCCUACGAACAAGAGGCAUGUUGUUUUUUUAAUUGUAACUUUGUAAAAAAAGAAAUAGUUUAUAAGAAUUGUAAGGUAUUCUCUCUGGUUAAUUAUAUAGAAUGGAAUUGAUGUGACUAUGUAUUAAUUGAUCGAACUGUACAAAUAUUUAACUACUUUUCUCUUAGUAUGGUAAUAAAAAUAAAUUUUUUGUUUAAAUAUUGUGCCCAUUUGUUGUGGGCAAUGACUUUCUAUUUAUGAAUUGGUGACUCUAUGAGUGCUACUUAACUAAGUAUUUUUUAAAUUUUACUCGACCUGCAGGUAAAUAAUUAAGUUAAUUAUCUUAGAUAAUGUGUGUGUUCAUACUAUGUUAUACAUGUAAGACCAAGCAUUUGAAGGAAGAUAUAAAAUUAUUGAUAGAAAAUGUUUAACUCAUUCCAUAGAGAAAAAAAAUGUUUUUUUUUUAUUCCUUUUUGAAAUAAUUUAUGUCAUGAAAUAUGUAAGUUCCAUGCCUAGAUAAAUUCUUUUUUUUUUUCUUCUUUUUUUAAUAAAAAAUAUUUAAGUACAAGAAUGUUGUAGUGUGUAAUUUACUAAACUGGUUAGCUUUAGGUUCGAAUAUAUGGUUGUAUUUCUUAUCCUGUUUUCAUUCCCUUUAAAAUAUUCUAUCCUGAAUUGGAAUUUUUUGCCCUUUUCCAAAACGCUUUGUUAAAUUGCUUUUAUAUUGUAUAUUAAGGUUAAGGGCAAAAAUUUAAUGGGGAUAGCGAAUAUUUAUUAUUAUUUUGGUAGUAGUCCUCUUCUUAAUUUGUGUUCCGUCCAUGAUGGUUUUUCUUAAUUAUUUUUUCCUUUCCCUUUAUCAGUUAUUACCUUAUGCCUUAUUUCUGAGCUCAAUGACUCUUGAUAUUACCUUCUUUUUUUUUUUAAAUCACCGAUAUAUUUAAAUAAUUGUACACCUAGUUGUAAAUUAUAAUUGAUAGAGAAAAAAAAAUUAAUAUUUAUUAUGAUGAGUGGGUUAUGGUCUCUAAAAUGGUUCAAAGUUUUAUGAUGAAUUUUAUAGUUAGGUACUGUUGAGUUAUUUUCUUUUCUUUUUACCUUAUCUGUACUGAAGUGUGCGGGUUGUAAUGGCAGGUAACUCAAGAAAAGAAAAAAGAAAUUUAAACACAUUCCUGACAAGACAACCCUGCUACCUGAUUUAUGUAGAGACUGUCCAAGCUGAAAGCGAUUAUAGCUGGGUCUUAUUAAUUAGUUUAAUUAUAAUGUUUUAUCAAUGAUGGAUUUAACUCUAAAUGAAUUUUUGUAUAAUGAAAAUACUGAGGAUGAUUUUGUUACUGUGUUUUGAAUUUUAAAAACCAAGUCCUUUUUACUUUAUUUUUUUAUCCUUUUUCCCUCCUGACAUAUAGCAUGAUUCCAGUUACUAACUCCUUGAUGUUAAAAAGAAUAAUUGAAUUAUUUUAAUAAAUAAUUUUUAUUUCCUGUAAGUUACACUUCCAAACUAUCACUUAUAUAUACCCAGUUGAUGGAGACUUAUUGUUUUUUUCUUUUUAAGUUAUUCAAAAUUUGUAACUUCGUCAAACUAUCAUUUUUCACGUUUGUGAUUGUGGAUUCCUAAGUUCAAUUUGUAGAUCUAUUAAUAACCAAAGAUUAGUUAAUGAAAUGCAUGUUCUUAAAUUAUUCAAGUUAGUAUUGGUUAAUGGAGUUUUAAGUAUUUUCUUUUAUUACAUCCUUGUGCAUGUUACUCCAUUUUUUUUAGCAUUAAAAGUGCAAACACCAGUAUUAUGUCAGUAAUUAAAUUAUGUUAUGUAAUUAGGUUUUUUUUUUGGUAAGUAGUCUUAGUUUAAAAUAUUUAAAAGAAAUAUUUUCAUACCAGUUACUAUCUAAUGUUCAUUUCCAAAAAUAAAAUUAUUGAAAAAAGAGAGGCGAAGUUGGUUCAUGCUGAAUCAUUUUUGUUUCCCUAAUUUCAGG